UUGGGUCAAUAUUUACAGAUAUGUGUUUGUAAUUUAGCAUUUAAUUAAUUUAUUAUGUUAAAAAGGAAUUAAAACAUUUGUGCAAAUGGAUACUACAAUCGAUAAAAAUGCUCCAUUGGCAUUUACAGUUAUCUCUAAAGAAGGUAUGGAUUUGGCUAAUUCUUUUGAGCUAUCAUCAGAAGAGACACAAAAAAAGGACGACCCUUUUUCAUUAACAACUGAUAUCGAUACUUUUGCUAAAAUUGAUAGCAAACCAAAAAAAUGGAUGAAAAUAGAAUCUUGUAUUAAUAAUUGUCAUCUGAAAAUAAGUGAAGAAGAUCAGAAAAAUGUAUUCGAUUCUUAUUGGAAUAAUUCAACAGUCGCUUCAAGAUAUAAAUUCAUUACUAGUAUGUCAAACGUGUGUUUACCACAUGAAAGUCAGAGCAUUCAUGGCAGUGUUAUACACAUUGGAGAAAAAAAAUACUACGUUGUCUUCUCUCUUAAUACUGUCGAUGGAAAAAAGACUGUUUGCAGAAUCUGUUUUCGUUCAAUUUUAGGAGAACCGGGACAAUUUAUCAAGGCAGUUGUAGCUCAAAAAUUAAUUAGUUUCUCUGAUGCAGAUAAUAAUUCAGUUGUAAAUAAUUCUUCGGAAAAUCAAAACCGUGCACUUUGCAGUAUCAAAUGCUUUAUAAUGGUAUCAGACGAAGAGAAGAAGCAAAAUUUUUACAACUAUUGGCACGAAACAACAAUAGAGCAAAGAUGUAAAUUCAUUUUAGAUAGGACCGAUAUUGAGGAAAAUAUCCGAUACAAAAAUAAUAUGAAAGGUGGUGGCUCCAGUAAGCCGUACAAUUGUAAAUUUCAUCUCGACACAAGUUGUGGUCGACAAUUUGUAUGUACAAACUGUUUUCAUAUUAUACUCAAAGAAUCCAUUUGUAUAACAAAUGAAAUUUUAGACGAGAAAUGGAGUGAAAUGAGUUCUGAAUUGGAGAAUGGUGAGAAAUACAAUCAAGUUAUAAAUCAUUUCAACAAAUUUCCAUUAUUUGAAAGUCAUCACGUAACCGAUAAUGGUAAUGAAAAAUAUUUACCAAGAGGUUUAACACUCGAGACAAUGUAUCAUCUCUAUAAAACAGAAAAUCCAAACGCAAUGAAUUUUCUCGCCUAUCAAAAGAUUGUAAAUAAAAGUAAAUUACGAUUUCUAUCGUCAGUUGUUGAGAAAUGUUUACAGUGCGAGGUGGCAAGACAACAAUCACAAUCAACAAAUUUAGCGAAAAAUAAAAUUCAUCUCGAGAGUUUUAUCUCGUCACACUUAAAUGGAGCAUUGAAAUCACAUAGUUUUAAAACACGUGACGAAAAACGAAAAGUCCAUUCACUCAUGGUUUGUACAUUUAAAUUUCAUCAAAGUCUACCAACCCCUUUGGUGAAUAAUCCACUUCAUUACUACACAGAGCCAUUGUGGACGUACAAUUUUACAGUCAAGGAAACAACAAAAACGAAAGUAACCGGAGGUAUGUUUAAAUCUUAUGUUUGGGACGAAAGUCAGGGGCGAAAGACAGUAAAUGAAAUCGCCUCGUGUUUAUAUGACUACAUUCAAAAUUUACCCGUAUGCAUCAAAACACUUAUUUUUUAUUCAACUUCAUGCAAUGGUGAAAGUCGCAGUAAACUUCUCUGUAAAAUUCUUUCCAACAUUGUCGUAAAUCAUCAUUCGUUACUUCUCAUCGAGCACAAAUUUUUAUUAGACGGACAUUUUUAUCAAGAUAAAAAUGAAAAAAGUGACUGGUGUCAAGAUGUGUUAGCAAACAAUGUUGGUAAAAUUGAGGAACCAGGCGAUUGGUACAAAGUAUUAAGCGAUAUUGCCGAGAAGAAUCGAUCCGAAGUUAUUCUUAUGGAUAAUAGUAAAUUUUACGAUUUAAAUUGUCUUCUUGGCGAAAAGGUCAAUAGUUCAAUAGACGGAGGAAAAAUUGAUGACGAUGUCACAUGUGUACAAUAUACAAAAACCGGGGACGUUUAUUUCAAGAAAAAAUGGACGGGCAACUUUGAAGUUAUGUACUCGGAAAAUUAUACAAAAUCCCAAAGUGUAAAUUAUUCGAAAAUUCUCAAAAAUCCUAAACCGACUUUAAUUAGUGAGAAAAAGAAGGAAAAUCUCCUGAAUCUAUUUCCUUUCCUCGAUUCACGAGUUCAUGGAUUUUAUCAAAAUUUAAAGACCGAGAAUUCAAAUUCACAAACAAUUACUAAUAAUCCUAAAACAAUAUCGGUAUUAUCAACGAGUAAAUUAAACGAAAUUGCCGAUUCAACUUCCGAUUCUAAUCCAAAUAUGGAAGAGAAUUCAAAACUGGAACAAGAGGAAAAUUCAAAAGCAAAAGAACUUAGCGAAAAUUCAGAUAAACAUACAUUUGAUCUAAAUAUUGUCAAAGUAGAAUCAAACUACGAUGAUUCAAUCGAAUCUGAAGAAAAUGAGAAAGAAGAAAAUUCCAAUCAAAUUCCAACGAAUGUGGGUAUUGUAAAAGAAGAAAUCAACAUCGAAAAUGAAAAAACGUUUGACAAAGAAUUUUCCGACGACGAGUCAGACGAUGAUGAGGAAACUGUUGAAUCCGAACAAUUAUUCGACGAUAAUUCAUCUCUCUUUAUGAAAACGGACAAUUCACAAAUAAAAUCAUUCAAUGAGAAAUUCUACGAAAACACAAAUGAACAAAAUAUAAUCGAUAUUAUGAAAAAUUUUGUAAUGUUGCCCGAAAUGAAGAAUACGACAAACAAUGAUAAUUCUUCUGAUUUGAGGAGUGUGAAAAAUUUUCAACCACUCGCUCAAUGUUCGAAUCUUUGUUAUUUAAAGAUAACACCAAAGGAGCAGGAACGUAUUUUCACCAAUCAUUGGCAUACAGGAACUUCUGAAUCAAGAUUUAAUUUCAUCUACGAUACAAUUAAAGUUGGACCAAAAUCAAUGAGAAAUAAAAAAUUUCCCGAAGAACAAGUACAAUUUUCAAUUAAAUUUGUCAUUGAUACGGAUCGUGGUCCUCAGGCUCUUUGUAAAUUUUGUUACACAAAAAUGCUGUGUGAUCGACCGACGGACGUUUUAACGAUAUUAAAAUUGAAGGCACAGUCUCUCGUUGAUGGAAUAAAGGACGAAGUUCGUAAAAUUGAGACAGAAUUGGAAGAGCGUAUCACUGGGAGUUCGAAAGGCGAAGAAAUGAAGAGUGACAUUUCAAAAUGGAAAACAGCUGAUUACGAUUGUCCAGCGAGCAAACUACUUAGAACGGAAAAAUUACACAAAGGCUGGACGCAAUUGCAACCUUGUCGAAAUGGUUGUUUUUUAACAAUUAAAAGUCAGGAUCAGGAAAAUAUUUACAAUUCCUAUUGGCAAGAUGCGACAAUUCAUUCGCGAUAUUAUUUCAUUAAGGCCUCUGUGAAAGUUAACAAAACACGAUCUUCUAAGGAUGUAAAGUCAGCGAGAAGAAAAUAUUAUCAUAAUUCAAGUAUUGGCCCUCAACGUGUUUGCAAACGAUGUUUUGGUCUCGUUCUCGGCGAGACUCUCAGUUUCGUCGAAUCUGUUCUACGAAACACAGGAAUCGCGUGUAUCAAAAAAAGAAUGACCAAUGCUCCAGUUCCGACAAAUGAUGAUCAACCCGGAGUUUCAGGGACUAAAAAUUUCGCCUCCAUUAAUCCAGUGACGAAUUCUCAACAAGAUACACAAAUCUCAUCCUCUUCUUCCAUGAAAGCAGUCAACAAUGAUAGACAACAAGAAUCAAACAUUGAAGCCAAGAAAGAUCAAUCACAAAAAGAACAAAAAAUCGAAGUACGAAGGAAUUACAAACCUCCUCGUAAAGAACCGAAACAACUUGAAAAUCACGACGACAUGAGUCAAUUAACAAUACAGGAAAAAUUGACCGUACUUAAUGAAACUAGCAGUGAAAAUUACAAAGAUUCCCCGAGUACAUCAAGUAACUUUACACCCUGCAGAAUAAUUCAACAAAUACAAAUAGCACAGGAACACAUUCAUGAUUAUCUAGUUACCCGAAUGAGGAGGAAUCCACUAAAAAUAAACAUUCAAACAAUGUACUCUCAAUAUCAGAAAAAAAUCACCGAUCCUCUAAGUAUUGGCUGGUAUCAAAAUAUUUUAUCAGUGAAUAACGUGAAUUAUAAACCGCCAUUUAUUGACAAAUGCGACGAAUGUGAAACAUACUCGGAUCGAUUUAAAAACAUGAAAAGUCUUCUAUUACGGGAGAAAAUUUGCGAGCGUUUAACAAAUCAUUUGGAUUUUUCGACAAUUGUUUAUAAAUGUAAAUUUCAAGAAGAGGAAUCAGCACGUCUAAUUAAUUCCAUGAUGGUCUGUUCAUUUGGUUUUCAACAAAAUUUCCCAAUACCAUCGCGAAAUAAAUCGAAGCAACUUUCAAUUUUCAAUCUGACAAUUUGGCAAUUGUCGAAUAAUCAUUUACUGAGUAAUCCAAUGUUCUACGUGUGGACACAAAUUGAAGGUAAACGUUCAGCUAAUGAAAUUGCUUCCUGUUUGUUUCAGUAUCUUAAAAAAUUACCACCACAAUUGAAAUCAUUGAUUAUUUAUUCAUCCUCGUGUCAUGGCGAGAGUAAAAAUAAAACACUCGCUCAAAUGUUUUCCUAUUUAAUGACGAAUCAAAAGUGGCUUGUUUCGGUUGAUCAUAAAUUCACAUAUUCCGGGCAUGCACAAUUAAAGGAAUAUCUCAAUGACGAUUGGAUUGGCGAUGUAUUAAAAAAUCAUUCGAUUAAAGCCGAGGAACCCGAAGAUUGGUAUAAAAAUUUCAAGAGUAUCGCACAGCGCAACGUCAACAAAAAUAUUGUUUUUAUGGAGCCGGAUAUGUUUAUUGAUUUUGAAAGUUUGUGGAAAGAUGCAACGUCCGAGGAUGAUAGCUACAUAAGUUCGGAAGCAAUGUGGUUGAAAUAUACGAAAAAUGGAAAUGUUUUCUACAAAAGAAGUUUAUUAGAGCGACACAAUUUCGAAUUGUUACCAAUGCAGGGACAACAACGAUUUCAAGAUCUUUUGAAUAUGCAACUAUUUAAUCCUAUUGAAUCAAGUUCAAUGGAAGUCCACGAAAAUGUUGAUAUCGAAUCAACGCCUCCUUCAGUCGAACAAUGCAUCAUUAAAUCGGAAAUUAAUUUUGAAGAUGAUUACAAAGAAUACGAAGAAAAUGAUGACUCCCAGGAACCAUCGAGUAAACGAAAAAAAUUAGAAAAUGAAAUUGAAACCGUACAGGAAGAAGCGACAAGGUCGAAAAGGAUACGAAAGAAACGGGAAAUGCUUUCCCUGUAGGAAAGGUAUUUGUUUUUUCGCUGUACAUUAUUUUCUGCAACUAUCAUAAUUAUAUUUUAAUUUAAAGUGCUAGACAAAAUUGUUUGUGUAGAUUUCAGAAUCGAAAGAACAAAUUUUUAAUCUUCAUUAUCUAGUUGUAUAAAAAACGUAAUUUUUAAAAAGUAAUUUAUUAAUUUUUUAAUUUUAAACUUGUGACUAUAAUUUAAAAAUUGUAUAUUUAUGCAAUUAAGCAUAAAAUUGUUUAAUUUUAAAUUUUAAUCAAUACGCAUUGUAUUUAGACAUCUUUGUGUAAUAACCGAAAGAAUUUUUAAUCGCUUCGUAAUUGUUUUAAAUAAAUAAAUGUUCUAAGGCAAGUGAUUAUUA